CGGCAAGUGGACGUGAGAAAGAACGUUGUUCAUUGUGCCCUUUGUUGGGUUGUUGUUGUUUUAAUUUUUUUAUUAUUACCUUGUGAUAACAGAGAUUAUUUCAGUGGAAAGUGUUUUACAAGUAAUAUGUGGUCAGUGACAUAUAUGCAUGGAAUGUAACUUGGAUUUUGCAUAAAACUUUGUUGCAGAUGAUGUCAACAUGCAAUGACACCCCGACGACGAUGGAAAAUAGUACUAUUGUUGGCGAACUAGCUGAGUUUGACAUUAAGGCUCCAAUCAGUUUUACGAUUAGUUUUGAUGACGAUUUCGAUGAACCUCUUGUAAAAAAAGAAGUCGUGUCAGAUGAUUAUCAAGAGGAGGAAACUCAAGAAACCGUUGUAUCUACUUUUUUCCCCAUUUUGGAAACAAACCCAGAAAUCCAGGCAGAAACUCCUGAUCCUUGUUUAUCUAGUGAAAAACAGUACAACGAUUUCAACGUACAAAAUGUUCAAGACGCUCUUCAACCUAAUAACCUAAACGAUGUAUUAUUAAAUAGUGAUACAUCUAAAAAACGAAAGACAGAAAAUUUGGAAAUGUGCAAACCUAAGCAGUUCAAAAUUUCAGAUGAUAAAUCGGAUGAAAAUAAAGGUGACAAGGAAAAGUCAGUAGUUCUCACAACUCAUACCCAAAGUGAUAACAUCCAACCUGAUCCCAAUUUAUCUACCCGUGAAUCCGAAAAACAUAGCACUGUUGCGUCCACCCCAGUAGAGCAAUCCGAUCUCUCUUCAUACUUAAACGAAUUCUGUCCAAAUGAAAAGAACAAAAUAAGGUUGAUUAUAACAGAGCGCUUAGCGUCGUUGUCCGAAAACAUGAUAUGUAUCAUGCAAGCCUUUGUCGCCUAUACACAACAACACAUUUCUAAAGAAGAGUUUAUAAAAAAGAAAAACCAAUAUUUUAGUUCAUCUCACAAAAUAUUGGUAAUAAUAAUGUUACCAGAAGAAAAGAACAAAGAUUUUAUACACUCUUUCCUAAAUAACACGCUACAACGUGGUCGUAAAAAGUGUGGUCCUUAUUUUAUGCCUACUCACCAAGAUUAUGAUAACCUCUUGCACGAAAUGUUUAUGAGGGCUAAGAUGAGCCAGCAACGAGUUCGAUCAGCGGAUAUUUCUGCAGAUGCAAAUGAAAAGUCUGUACCACAAAUCAAAAGUGUUGCUACAGUUGCAUCAGAAUUUAAUAAACAUCCAGCACAAGAUAACUUACAGUCUAUCAACACACAUGAAAAUAGUGCAGCGCAAAAAAUUUGCAUAUUUUCAUCAGGCCCGCCCGAAAGAGCAUUAAGUAUUGACAUCGAUCCAACUUUACAAAAAUAUUUGUACAAUACAUCCCAACAAGGCAGUAACGAGUCAAAUGCAAACAGGCCACAAAAUACUGAAAGCAAUAACACCACCCAGUUACAGACGGCCAUAGCGACUAGAUUUGUAGCCAAUAACAGCCAAUCUUCAACCAUCCCUUCCCAGGCCAAUCUUCGUCCACCGGUUAUCCAACCAACGGCCUCGGCAAGCUGUAAUCGACUAACUGCUCAAAAGGAACAACAUCCCGCGCUUUCAUCAAAUACCCAGGGUUCUACCACGAGUAACAUAUUUAAUUAUAGCAGUUUAACCCAUCAAAAGACUUUGACACCCGUUAUACAAAAGCAAUUAGAAAAACCACCAUUACAUGGAUACUUACAACAAGUACAUCGUCAACCACCUACAUAUGAAUCACAUUUUCAAACACAUUUAAAACAGGUGCAGCAAGCAACGCUACCAUGUGAUCAGUCUCAGCGCUUGCGUGCACAGUCCAUUCAACGACAGCGAUUGCCGUCGCAAUAUUAUCCAGCGCAGUAUCAACAGUCUCAGUCGAGAUUGGAAUACAGUCAAACGUGGCAAUUAGACCAAUCGCCGUUACCAACGCCGAAAUAUAACCAAUCACGAUCAGCCCAAGAGGGUCUAUUGCAGCAGGAACAAUAUCAACAGCAACAACAUCCAGCAGAUAGUUUCCCGACCAUGGAAGAGCUCCUUUCUACGGAAUCUACGCAACAGCUCUCGUAUCAGUCAAGUAAUGAGCAAGUAAAAUCGUUUGGACAAUGGCAAUCAAGACAACAAACCCAACCGCCACAAGCGUCUGGAACAGAGUGGCACCAACAGGGGCAGGUUUACCAAGGACAGGUUCCUUCACAGACUCAGAAAGGGUCUCCCCGUUCCGCUUCCACCGAUAGCGGAUUUAUAAGUCCAUUGAAUUUCAACGUGCCUACAGACCAAACCAGACAAGAUCCAACGAUGCCGACAGUAUCUCAUGGGCCCGAAACCUGCAUGCCUAUGAUAGUACACGUCACGUCCCUCAGUGACAAAGCCGCCUUCCUAGAUAUGGGCACAUGCGUGGUAUGCAAGAAGAGCACCAAGCAAAAGUGCAUGGGUUGCAUGAUGGUUUACUACUGUAAUUAUCAAUGUCAGACCCUCCACUGGGCUGAGCACGCGCCUCAUUGUUCGCAGCAAUAUACGUUUUAAAGGCGAUAAAAGACUGUUCUAUUACUGAUAAGUGAUAAAAUAAAAAUAAGAACUAGUGUAACUUUAAAAUAAGAAGAAAAUAUGGGGCAUUUUCUAUGAAAAGGGACCUUAUUGUCGAUGGCGCUUACGCCGCACAUCAUCGCGCGGCAUUGUAUUUAUAUCGGAGCAUCGUUUAUAAUGGCGUAAGCGCCAUCGACAAUAAGGUCCCUUUUUAUAGAAAAUAUCACAUAUUUGUUUAUAGUUUGUUGUUGUGUUUAUAGUUUUUGAGCGGCGUUCGAAGUUUAUAAACCGAACCAGCGGCGGUAGAACGGCCGCAUUUUUAUCGCAUGCCUGUCACGUUCUAACAAGUACUUACGUUAGUGCGAAAGUGACGGGGACAGUGACAGGCGAUAAAAAUGUAACCAUGUUGCUCCCGCUGGUUUUAUAAAAAGUGAUAUAAUUUUAUUGGUGCUUGCGAGAUUUACUAAGAAUAAUGUCAACAAAUCUCUAAGCACGAUUUGAUUGAAAAGGCGGGUUAAAACUGUUAAAAUAUGUUUAAAAACUGUUUUGAAGCCUAAAUUAAAGGCGAUGUAUUUUAAAAUAUUUAGAUCAGUACAUACGAUUUCAUUUCAUUCUUUCGUAGAGAUGUGGCCUCGCUCUGCAUUUUCUAUCGCAUAUAUAACGGGGAUUGCUCCGAGGAAUUGUUCGGAUUAAUCCUUGCCGCUUCUUUUCGCCAUCGUCCUACGCGACAACAUUACCAUCGUCACCACUUAGAUGGUUGCCAGUCCUCAAUCCUCAACUGUGCGUUUCUCCAGAAACUUCCUGCCUCGCACAGCUAAACUGUGGAAUGAACUGUGUCGCCUGCGAUAUUUCCGGACCGAUACGACCUUCAAACCUUCAAGAAAAGAGCGUACUCCCAUCUUAAAGGCCGGCAACGCACUUACAACCCCUCUGGUGUUGCGGGUGUCCAUGGGCGGCGGUAAUCGCUUACCAUCAGGUGAUCCGUCUGCUCGUUUGCCUA